AAACAAUAAUAAUAAUAAUAAACUAUUAAAACAACAACAACAAUAAUAUUAUGUGAAUAUUGCGAACUGUGAAGCCACCGCUAAUCGCUAUAUAAUAAUGCGCCGAACAUUAUGGUAUCGACCCGUUUAUGAGCACAUAAAAUUGGAAAUUGUAAAAAUUAUAAAAACAAAGAACGUGUCUCUCUUUCACUCUUCCCGUUCCGUUUUAGAAUAAUAUCCAUUUGCGAUUCUCCCGAGACGUCGAGUCGCGUUUCGAUCGUCGCGCCGCCGACACUGCUAGGCACCGCCGCACUACACGAUCGUGAUUCGUGAUGGCAGAUCGCGUGCGACCGUUGCCGCCACCGCCGCCGUCGCCGUCGUUGCAGAAUUCCAGGACGGCGCUGCGAACGGGAAGAGGAACAUAAAAUAAUAUCACAAAUAUAUAUAGUCCGACGUCGUGGCCGCUGCCAAUCGCCGUGGCCGCCGGCGGAGUGGGGUAUUGAUCGCGAUUGUGCAAAUGGUUUCGUGAGGGUUUCCGAUCAAAACACUCAAACGGGAUACUGACAACGAAACACGAUACUUGUGAUUUGUGAACGUGCCUUAACAAGUGCUUAACAAAAUGGUUGUUCCAGAAAACGGAACUUUGUGUGAUAAUAUUAUGCGAGGUAUAGAAAAAAAUGGUGGCGGUAUACAUUUGCAUAAUAGAAAACAAAAAUUAAAACAAAAAUUUGAUAUACUGAAAAAACUUGGAGAAGGAUCUUGUGGUAAAGUUCAAUUAGGUAUUUGUAAAGAAACUGAACAGCUGGUUGCUAUUAAAACAAUAAGGAAACGGAAAAUAGAGACUGAAGCAGAUUUAAUACGAAUAAGGAGAGAAAUACAAAUUAUGUCUUCUGUAAAACAUCCUAAUAUUAUUCAUAUAUAUGAAGUAUUUGAAAAUCGGGAAAAAAUUGUCUUAGUAAUGGAAUAUGCAGCUGGAGGUGAACUUUAUGAUUUUCUCAGCGAGAAAAAAGUUCUCACUGAGGAAGAAGCUAGAAGAAUAUUUAGACAAGUGGCUAUUGCUAUUUUUUAUUGUCAUAAGCAUAAUAUUUGUCAUCGUGAUCUCAAAUUGGAAAACAUAUUAUUGGACGAACAAGGAAAUGCUAAGAUUGCUGAUUUUGGGCUGUCAAAUGUUUUUAAUCACAAAGCACUUUUGUCAACAUAUUGUGGUAGUCCAUUGUAUGCAUCUCCAGAAAUUGUUACUGGUACUCCUUAUCAUGGCCCCGAAGUAGAUUGCUGGUCUUUAGGUGUUUUAUUAUACACUUUAGUGUAUGGCACAAUGCCAUUUGAUGGAUCAAAUUUCAAACGCCUGGUUAGACAGAUUUCUCAGGGCGAAUAUUAUGAACCAAAAAAACCAUCAAGAGCUUCUCCUUUGAUUCGUAGUAUGAUGACAGUAAAUCCUAAUGCACGUGCUGAUAUCCGUAUAAUUUGUUCACAUCAGUGGUUAAAUGAAGGUUUUUCUGAUGGAAAUCAAUGUUUGCGAAUUGCAGAAGAAAUGGCUUCCUCGGCUCCAGUUAGAUUAGACUUGUUACUAUCCUUAGCACCUACUCCCAAGGAAGCCAAUAAUAAUUUAGGUAUUCCACCUUCUCAAAGUAACGCUGAAAAUGAUGUACGAUCUGAGACAGGACCUGUAAGGUCUCAAAGUUUAGGAAGUAUAUCUCCAUCGCGUGCAACUGCUGUAAUACCCGAUUCACCUGUGGAGAAAAAACCUAAGAAAUUAAAAAAAAGAGAUCGUUCCAUUAGUCGUUCUAAAAAAUCUAGUCAGUCUGAUACAGGUGAAAAUGAUCUCGAAAUUUCAACUUCUAAAGAAUCAUCUAAAUCUAUUAAAAAUAAUUCAAAGAGUGAUCUACCACAAUCUCCAUUACAAUCUACAACAAAUAGUGAAGCUGACGUAGUGAAACCUGUUGAACGAGCCCGACGACGAUCUAGUAGAGUUUUAGAAGCUGUAGAAAAAUUAGAUCAAAUUGAAUCCAUGGCAAAAAAUAAUUUUGAUCAAAAAAGAAGAAGUUCUCUUGGUAGUGGCUCAUCAAAUAGUUCCAAAAAGAGUAUUGAGUCUGAUAUGUCAACUACUCGAGAACCAUCAAAAGAACCACAAUUUAGUUUAGAGUCUACAGUUGGUCUAAAUAAAUUAGCUGAGUCGGCAUUAAAUAAUGAACCAAUUUGUGGAACACGUUCAAAUAAAGAUUUUAAGAAUCUUCCCGAUGAUUUGAGAAAAAGCUUAAAUGCUAUCAGGAUAAUUGGAGAUUCCAUUUCUGACAGUAAUACAAGUAAAGUGGUUGAACCAAAGAGGAAAACUUCAAGAGCUGAGAUAAAAUUAGCUAAGCCCGAGUUACCAGUUAGUAGCGUUGUUAAUGAUUCUAAAGUUCAAGAUAAUGGUUCAAUAGAUGCAAAUUAUAAAACCGAAGUAAAACAUUUUGUUCAAGUGCCUAAACCAACCAGACGUAUCACUGAAGUAUCUUUCCCAGUUGCUGGAGCUACUCCAACUGCAGUGGCACCAUUACCGCCAAGACCUGUCUUGAGACAAAACAGUCAACUUCGUGAACACAUCAUACCUAUACGGUUUGAAGUAGAAGAAAAACCAAAACCAAAACCAGUUCAAAGAGUUUCAUCUGUUACUAGUCCCAAGACUAGUUGCAGUAAUUUGUCACGACAAAGUACAGUGGACACAGAUAGUAAUAGCAGUAUUGUAAGCUUAGGAGAACCAAUAAGAAAGUCUCCCCGUGAAGUUAUUAUACCCAUUGCGGUUGAAGGUGGAGGUUUUGUUACGCCUAGUAAUAGUGCACUUUCUAGAACAAAUUCAAAUAGUGAUAAGGGUGAUGAUGAUAAUGGUACAGUUGGUGGUCAGCCUAGAUGUUUCACAUUGCGCAGCACACGCAGACAAAGGCCUUCUAUGAGAAAUUUACAAUCAACUGAAAGUAUAAGUUCAGAUGAGGAGGAUGACAGUUUUGAAAUCUUAACUGCUGAGAAUUUAUUCUCUACAUUACUAUCCAGGGUACGGGAUUUAACAAAUAGAUUGAGCAGUGAUGAAGGAAGAACAUCUGACUUUCCAAGAUCAUUUUUCAAUCAUCAUCGUUCUAUAUUUGACCACCAAACACCAAUUCGCCGUCUAACUGAAACUCGAUCAUUUAAUCGGUCUGACAGUGCCCCAUGGAGAAGAAGUUUUGUUUCUACCACUCAAGAUACUCCUCCAUCUAACGCUUCUACUAAAGAACUGCUUAGAAAUGCUGAUAAAACGACUAAUAUUCAGAAACCACCAGUGUACAAGCACAUUCUGCCACGCGUUCUGGAAACCACAACUAAUAAUGAAUACUUAAACUACCGUGACAAGAUCAACGCAACAAAACUGCCGAUGUCACCGCCUCCAAAACAUAUAACCCAGCCAUCUGUGUACAACAUGCCUUCAGAACCUAUCAAGGAACGCCAGUCUCGCGUGGACCGAAUUUUAGAGAAAUACCGUCGCCAACCGUCCAACUCUUGUUCCAGGCAAUUUUCAAGAUCGUUUAGCUGCAAUGCUUCUACUGAAACUGCGCCAUCAACUGAAAAUAACUUGUUGCUGCAAGUAACAAUGAUGGCGGAAUCUGGAAAUAACGAGGAAAAUUCAAAAAAUUCUGGGCCUCGUAGUGUUAGUCCAUAUGCACUUUUCGACCGUUCAGAUGUGACCUCUGCUACAACUACUGCUUCCCGCCAUGAUUUCAAGACAAAUUCUGAGAACAGUCUCUUAUCUAAAUCGUAUUCGUUGAAGAGUUUGGGUGAAUACCGAACUCGAACUUUGAGCAGCAUACCGUUGUCUGUUGAUCGUAGAUCAACAUCAAAAUUUAAUAGUUCAAGCAUCAAUAACGACGAAGACCCACCAUCGUCUUCAUCGUCAUCAUCCACUACUACUGCUACCACUUCUUCCAAGAGUUUGGUCCCAAAAGAAGACAACAAUCAUUAUUAUCACCAUGGUUCUCCAGCCUUAUUGGACUGGACAAUAGGAAAUUGUAGUGAAGAAACGGUCAGCGAUCGAAUCAGGCGGCGCAGCUACUACGUUAAACUCAAAUAGUUUUGUCUUAAAUUCAAGCUUUCAUAACAAAUUGUUAUUGUAUCGGUUACCAGUAUAUGUAUAGAGUUUUCCCGAUUUGUAUUUGCCUAAUAUAUAAACAUACAGAAAAUAUAUCUGAUUGAGUCAAACUACAAGGAAAUCACAGAAUAACAAAUAUUAUACCCUAGUUCAUUAGUUAUUUAUUUAUUAUUAUUAUAAAUAGUUAUAUUGUAUUGACAUUUAAAUGUUGAUAAUUCAACGUAAUAAACAUAUUAUAUUGUAUUUAGAUUGUUUUGUAAUCUAAUAACAGUAUUACUAACAUUUAUAGAAUGCAGAUAACAAACAUAAUUUAUGUUUUAUUGGACAUUUAAAUGUAAUAUAUUAUUGACAUUUUUAUCACAAAAUAAUUUAGAAACAAUUGACUUAAGUUAUGAUUUAUGAUGUUUUUAUAAUAUUAUGGUAUAUUCAGUUUGUUUAUAUAUAAUAUUUUGUUUGGGAAAGUGGAAUUAAUACACUUAGAAACUCUACACAAACGGUCUCUCUUACGACUAAAUAAAUAAUUUUCAAUUGUUGA